UCACAGUAGGAUGCCCGGCCCGUUCAAAUCAAAACAUAGGCUUCUCAAUCAAGUGCAACUUUUCCACCACUCUAAACUCUGUAAAGCCUGAAGGAGAAAUGGCUUCAUUCCAUAGCAUACAAAACUCAUAAGUAAGCUAUUUUGGAACUCAUUUCAACCUUCUUCUUGUAUAGAAAAAAUGUGUUAGAUUCUCAGUAAAUUCAUUUAAAAUGUUGUUCAAGUCGAAUAUAUGCUCUAGAAUUAGAGGAACCUUGCCUAUGCAUACAAAGCUUUGCAAGAUUCUUUGGUUUGGUUCAUGCAAUCAUCAUUUUUAUGUUGAAUUUCCUGGAAAAAUUGGAACUUGUAGAGACCCAUUUGCUUAUAAUGGAGUAAUUAUUGCGUUAUUUUCUUCAUGGACAUGUAGAAGUGAUAGCCCUAGAUUUAAUCACAACCCUAAAUUAUACUCACAAAAUGCUGAUUCUGAUUAUAUUGGAAAUGGGUAUGUUGUGAAAGAAGAAAUGGGUUCUAAAGAUAGUAAAGUAAGAUUUUCUGACACUUCUUUUGAUGAUGAUGAUGGAAAAAAUUGCAGUUAUAAAGAUAGUGCUAGUAGUUGUAGGUUUGACAAUGUCGAUGAGUUUGACGAGUCAGAAAAUGACGAUGGAGGAGUUGAUUUGGACUGUAUUGAUGAUGAUGAUGAUGAUUUUAAGGUUUUGGAUUCAUUUGGUAAAAGUCAAAAGCAAGUUAAUAGGGUAGAAGAUGUUGGCAUUUCUAGAAGAAUUGAAGAUGAAAUGAGACAUCCUUUAGUUAAGGAAGCAUGUAGAUUAAUUGAACGUCAGUCGUCUUGGACUCCAAAGCUUGAAAUUGAAUUGAGGCGUUUGCUAAGAUGUAUGAAGCCUCAGCAAAUUUGUGCUGUGUUGAAGUCUCAAUCAGAUGAAAGAGUUGCUUUGAAAUUCUUUUAUUGGGCAGACCAGCAGUGGCGAUACCGACAUGAUCCUCUUGCUUAUUAUGUGAUGCUUCAGCUGUUAAGCAGGACAAAGUUGUGCCAAGGAGCUAAGCGCAUUCUUAAGCUGAUGGCACGUAGAAGAAUUCCGCGGAGACCUGAAGAUUUCGGUUGUGUGAUGGUUGCUUUUAGUCGAGCUGAACAUUUAAGGAAAGCAAUGCAGAUCCUGAAUGUGAUGCAAAGAGCAGGAGUUGAGCCUGAUUUGUCUAUAUGCAACACCGCAAUUUAUGUUUUGGUGAAGGGGGAUAAAAUCGAGAAAGCGUUAAAGUUUUUGGAGCGGAUGCAACUAGUUGGGAUAUCACCAAAUGUUGUUACAUACAAUUGCUUAAUCAAAGGUUAUUGUGAUGUGCAUCGAGUUGAAGAUGCGUUAGAGCUGAUUUCUGAAAUGCCGUAUAAGGGCUGUUAUCCGGAUAAAGUUAGUUACUAUACUUUGAUCGCGUUCUUUUGCAAGCAGAAACAAAUUGAUGAAGUGAAAGAAUCGGUGGAGAAAAUGGCUAAAGAUAGUAAUUUAUUGCCUGAUCAGGUUACUUAUAACACUAUUAUACAUAUGCUUUCGAAGCACGGUCAUGCUGAUGAAGCUUUAGGUUUCUUAACGGAGGCUGAAGAAAGAGGAUUCCGAGUGGAUAAAGUGGGUUAUAGUGCUGUUGUAAACUCAUUCUGUAAAGAAGGAAGACUAGAUAAGGCGAAGGAACUGGUCAAUGAAAUGAUUGCCAAAGGAUGUUUUCCUGAUGUGGUUACUUAUACUGCAGUUCUAAACGGAUUUUGCCUUGCAGGGAGAAUUGAUGAAGCAAAAAAGUUGCUCCAACAUAUGUACAAACAUGGUUGCAAGCCGAACACUGUAACAUACACGGCCCUGCUAAACGGGCUUUGCCAGAGUGGAAGGUCUACCGAGGCAAGAGAGAUGAUGAGCAUGUGUGAGGAGUCAUGGUGGAGACCUAAUGCUAUUACAUUUAGUGUGGUAAUGCAUGGGUAUCGUAGGGAAGGUAAACUGUCUGAAGCUUGUGAUGUAGGUAGGGAAAUGAUCGGAAAGGGCUUUUUCCCUUCUCCGGUUGAAAUUAACCUGAUAAUUCGAUCUCUUUGCCAAGAGGGACGAGCAGAUGAAGCAAAGUGUUUUAUGGUAGAAUGUCUGAAGAAAGGAUGCGCUGUUAAUGUGGUGAAUUUCACCACUGUAAUUCACGGUUUCUGUCAAAAGAAUGAGUUGGAUGCUGCUCUUUCUGUCCUUGAUGACAUGUAUUUAAUCAACAAACACCCCGAUGCCGUCACAUAUACAACACUAAUAGACGGAUUAGGAAAACAAGGAAGGAUGGAAGAGGCUAUCGAUAUGGCUAAUAAAAUGCUUCAUAGGGGUGUGCUUCCCACUGCUGUGACAUAUCGUACCGUCAUCCAUCGAUUUUGUCAGCAACGUAGGGUGGACGAUCUGUUGAAAUUACUAGAGAGGAUGCUUUCAAGACAGGGGUGCAAGACUGCUUAUAAUCAGGUUAUUGAAAAAUUCUGUGGUUUAGGAUAUCCUGAUGAGGCUUAUAAGCUAUUGGGAAAGGUCCUCAGGACAGCUUCAAGAGUUGAUGCAAAUACCUGCCACAUUCUUAUAGAGAGCUACUUAAAGGAAGGGAGCCCUCUUUCAUCAUAUAAGGUGGCUUGUCGAAUGUUCAACCGGAAUCUGAUUCCUGACUUAAAGCUCUGUGACAAGGUGAAGGAUAGAUUGAUGCAAGAUGGCAGAGUAGAAGAGGCGGACAAGCUCAUGUUGCGCUUUGUCGAGCGUGGCCGUAGCUUGCCUCAGCUUCAGAGGGCUUGAAUUGUCAUCCCAUGGUCGAUCACUGCAAUGAAAGUUGUACAAUGAGCUAUAUUAAUUGCACUCUAAUAUAGUGUGAUUGUCACUCCAAGUGGCUUUUCGCACCUCAGGUUGGCUGUUUCCACCAUCAAACUGGAAAUUCUUAAAACUUAAUGCAGCCUUAGAACAGUUGGACUACCCUGGAAUUUGCAGCUUUCUACCGAGUUCAUCAGAUCUUGAGAUGUUGGUCUUAGACUGGAACAAUCACAAACCAAGAGGAAUGCUGUCAAGGUACAACAAAUGAGGAUGAACAGAGAAGGAGGUUUGAGGCACAUAAUUUUAACUGCUCAUUGCUACAUCUAAAGACCAUCAAGUUCAUUAACUUUUAUGUACAACUAAGUGAAAAUAAGUUUGUUGGUAAAAUAUUUGCUCAAGAAUACAACAGUACUGAAGAAGCUUGUCCUUGCUGGCAAAUUCAAAGGGAGUGAUGUGUCUUGGGAUUAUGUUAAGAUGAGUUCCUAAGCUUUCCAAGGUCCUCUCCGCACACUUCAGUUGUCUUUUCUUAUUGAUAAUCUUAUGGUGAUCGGCUGAUCGCAGCAUACUUAACAACCUUUUACUUUAUGUUUGCAACUGGUUUGUAGUUUAUAGACAAGGUUCGGAUUCUAUUUCAGUAUCCAAGUAGUUGUUAGUAGUUCUUCAUGUCUAAGCACACUAUGUGUAUUCUCUGAUUAUCAUGCAAGAAAGCUUGCUCUAAGGUUGAAUGUCAUUUUGCAAAAAUAGUAUUUCUAGAUUCAUUA